AUGUGUGCUUGUUCUUUUGACAUGCACUUCACAUUUGUGAAUGUUGGCUGGGAAGGUAGUGCCAAUGAUUGUCGGGUCUUUGAAUCAGCAAGAAAUAAUCCAAGUUUUAACUUCCCUCAUCCACCUCCAGGCAAAUAUUACGUUGUAGACUCUGGUUAUGCGAAUCAAACAGGAUAUUUGACACCGUUCAGAGGUGAGAGAUAUCAUCUUCCAGAUUAUAGAGGUGCGGGAAGAACUCCAAGAACAGUUAGAGAAUUGUUCAACUACAGACAUUCCUCUUUGAGGAAUGUCAUUGAACGUACAUUUGGAGUUCUCAAAAACAAAAUUUUGCUUUUAAGACAGACGCAUCAUUUUUCUGUGAAGACCCAAGGAAACAUUGUCAUUGCAUGUUGUGGUUUACAUAACUACAUUAGAGAUGAACAAAAAAUAGAUAAAGAUUUUUCCAAACUUGGUGGAGAUGAAGCUGAACCAGAUCCUGAUGAGUUAAACCCACCUCCUAAAGAGUAUAAUGGACCCUCAUCAUUGAGUCAAAGGGAACAAGCCAGACAGAUGAACGAUAUUAGGAACCGACUUACAAACGUGUUGGCUAGAAAACACUGUCUUGCUCCAAUUUAA